AUGAGAGUUGGAGGGUUCGAUGUGUGGAGUGCGGUGUGCGGCAUUGUUCACACUCUGCUUGUGGGCUGUGCACGGGGCCAGCAAGCUUCCAGGGUUCAGUUUGUCUAUAGCGUCAUUUUUGUGACGCAUGUGAUAACACUAGGUAACAGUUGUACAUAUCUGAACCAGAGUCAUGGAAUUGUGUUUAACAAAAGUCACUGCUUCUGUUAUAAGGCAGAAUGGAAUUUCAAGCAAGCGUGGUCAACUAUUCAGAUUCAAGUGCAGAGCCAAGAGGAAACCGUUGCUGUUUCACAGCUAAAUAAACUGACCUGUGUAUUCCCCGAACAUCCUCUAGUUUCUUUCACCUGCUUGCUACAUUAUCUAAGGAAGCCGGCAGAUUCUAAGCUUGUGAAUUUUAGUGUCGGCUGUCUAGAUCAAGAUUUUUGUUUUGAUGUAAACAUUGCUAAAUUGGCACGUUACGAGGUGACCUUCACAAACAUCUGGUUCAAUCCUCGGCUUUUUGCCCUUUUCAUAAGUGGCUUCUUAUUAUUUUGCUUUGCUGGCAAAUUGAGUAGGGCUUCUUCAGCUUUCUAUGUUGCUGGCAUAACAGUUGGAGUGACAGCUUCCACUUUGUUACUUAUACUUGUACUGAAAAGGUUCAUUUCAAAGCACAGCACAUUUUGGCUUUUGGCAAGCACGUGUCUCUUUUUAUCUGCAUAUGCUGUGCACUUUGUCAAAGAGAACAUUAAUUGGAUAUGGACGGACAACAAGCAUUAUGUACUGGGAUAUUUCGUAACCGUUGGAUUUCUGAGCUUUGUAACCUGCUAUAGACAUGGGCCAUUGAGCAGUGAGCGGAGUAUUGCCUUAUUCACCUGGACUCUGCAGAUCAUAGCAUGCUUCCUGAUUUACUUUGGUCUCGCUAUCUCUGAGGUUGCCUUUGCAAUCAUAGCUGGUCUUGCUUCUUGUAAGGGUCUCUACUAUUUCUUUAAAGUACUUCACUAUGUGAAAAGACUAAUAAUGUGUAAGAAGCCUGUCGUGAAAUUGCUCACAGAAGAGGAAUACAGGGAACAAGCUGAAGUAGAGACUACGAAGGCUUUAGAGGAGCUUCGUGAUUUUUGCAGAAGUACUGAUAUCAACUCUUGGCUUGUGAUUUCUAGACUUUCUUCACCCAACAGGUUUGCACAGUUUAUUUUGGGCUCCAAUCAUGUUUCUUCAGAAGAGGUCAGCACCCAUGAAGAACAGUAUGGCCUUGGAAGCUACUUCCUGGAGGAGCAGCUUUUCAUGCAGGACCAAGAAUCGCAGAAUACCCAACGGACAGAAUUAGUUCCUCAACAAAAUGAACAUGCUGAAGACUAUCCAAAUGCCUUUGAUCCAUCGGACAGUGAAAGAAGUUUUUCUGCUUAACUAAUUAUGUUACUUUUGCGAUAUUUUAAGCAUUUUAUUUAACCUGAACUCUA